GAUGCUCCUUCAGGGGGGGAAAAAAAAUGCUGACGGCGGCGACCUAGUGAGACCGGAGAUCUGGGGUGACUUUCGGGGUGCCGCCCCUCCCCGCUUCUCUGUGCUCUCCCCACGACCGUGGAGUCCCGCACAGCCACAGCGGGCUUUUUCUUUCUGCGGCCCCGCGGCGGUCUGCUGCCUCGUCCGGCAGGAGCCCGGUGAAGGCUCGCGGUCAGGACAUUUUUUUACCCGGAGUCCAGGAAGCUCCUGAGUUUCCCCGCCUGCCCGCUCGGUCCCUGACUGACUCCAACCCCACACACUCUGGACCGUCGCGAACCUAACGCUCCCGGAACCCGGCAUCCGGGGGCGUGGACGCAGCGGAGCACAAUAGUUGUUGUACCCCACCCCGCGCCGCGAGGCCCGGCCGAGAGGCGGAAGUUGAAGGUGCUGACGCUACUGGGGGAAUUUUGCCUCGAUGGCACCUUCCUGUCCGCGGCUCCGCCUCCGCCGGAGGGGCUCGGCUCUGGAAUUCAAGAUGGAGUCGCUGAGUCGAGCUGGGCAGGAGAUGAGCUUAGCGGCCCUGAAACAGCAUGACCCCUACAUCACCAGCAUCGCAGACCUCACGGGCCAGGUCGCUCUGUACACCUUCUGCCCCAAGGCCAACCAGUGGGAGAAGACUGAUAUAGAAGGGACCUUGUUUGUAUAUCGAAGGUCAGCCUCACCUUACCAUGGUUUUACCAUUGUGAAUCGACUGAAUAUGCACAAUCUGGUUGAACCAGUGAAUAAAGAUUUGGAAUUUCAGCUCCAUGAACCAUUUCUUCUGUAUAGAAAUGCAAGCUUGUCGAUAUACAGCAUCUGGUUUUACGACAAGAAUGACUGUCACCGCAUAGCCAAACUCAUGGCCGAUGUUGUAGAAGAGGAGACACGGCGGUCCCAGCAAGCUGCUCGGGACAAGCAGAGUCCCAGCCAGGCCAACGGCUGCAGUGACCACAGGCCCAUCGACAUCCUGGAGAUGCUAAGCAGAGCCAAGGAUGAAUAUGAGAGGAAUCAGAUGGGCGACUCCAAUAUCUCCAGCCCCGGGUUACAGCCAAGUAGUCAGCUCUCCAAUCUGGGAAGCACCGAGACUCUAGAAGAGACGCCAUCGGGGUCACAAGACAAGUCUGCUCCAUCUGGACACAAACAUCUGACAGUGGAAGAAUUGUUUGGAACCUCUUUGCCAAAGGAACAGCCAGUUGUUGUGGGUCUGGAUUCGGAAGAAGUGGAGAGGCUGCCAGGAGAUGCCUCCCAGAAAGAGACCAGCUCAUUCCUACCAUUUUCUUUCGAGCAGUCAGGAGGAGCCCCUCAGUCGGAAAAUCUGGGUGUCCAUCCUGCUGCCCACCACUCAGUCCCACCUGAAGUCCCUACCCCGGUGCUGAUCACUCCUGCCUCCAUCACACAGUCCGGUGACAAGCAGACCCCAGGCUAUGCCAUCCCACUGCGCCCUGUGCUCAGUCCCACUUUACCAGCAGAAGCUCCUACAGCACAGGUUCCGCCCAGCUUACCCCGAAACACCACCAUGAUACAGGCGGUGAAGACCACGCCGAGACAGAGAUUUCCACUCCUGAGCCAGCCAGUCCCUGAGCUGAGCCAUGCCAAUCUGACUGCCACCCAGAGCCCCUUCAGGGCCCCCCUGAGCGUGACAAACACAGCUGGUACAUCCCUCCCAAGCGUGGAUCUUCUCCAGAAACUCAGGUUGACCCCACAGCAUGACCAAAUACAGACGCAGUCUCUUGGGAAAGGAGCCGUGGCACCCAGCUUUUCCCCAGCAGCCGGCCAGCUAGCCACACCCGAGAGCUUCAUAGAGCCUCCCUCCAAGACCGCAGCAGCUCGAGCCUCAGCAUCCCUGAGCAACAUGGUGCUUGCUCCCCUUCAGUCUAUGCAGCAAAACCAGGAUCCUGAAGUCUUUGCCCAGCCUAAGGUGUUACCCAGCGCCAUCCCGGUCACAGGCCCCACACUGGUUACUGCAACAACCAUGGCAGUGUCAUCGGUCCUGUUGUCCCCAAGUGUUUUCCAGCAGACGGUUACAAGGUCUGCAGACCUCGAGAGAAAAGCAAAUGCCCCUUCUCCGCUGACCGUUGGAACAUCAGAAAAUCAGAGAAAGCCUUCCAUUAUUCUCAGCAAGUCUCAGCUCCAGGAUACAUUAAUACAUCUAAUAAAGAAUGAUUCCAGCUUCCUCAGUACGCUUCACGAAGUCUACUUGCAGGUUCUGACCAAGAACAAAGACAACCACAACUUAUGACUGGAGCAGAAUAAACCCGAAGGCAGAAUGUCGACCUCAAACAAAUAGGCCUCAUCAUGGAAACUUCUAAACAGAACAUUGAGUUUUGAGAAUCCUGAAAUUGAGCCUAUGAGAAAGAGACUCAUUCCUUAAGAAUGUUUUCCAAGUGACGUUCUCAGUGAUAAUGGAGGUUUCACUGUGAAGCAUCACCAGCAGACCUUUGUUUUGACAAAAAAAAAAAAAAAAAGAAAAGAAAAAAA